UCCAAAGAUGGCGGCCUCCAUCUUGAGACGCUCUUUGACUGCUGCUGUCAAAGUUAACCGUUUAUCUCCGUCUGUGUCAGGCAGACGAUGGUUACUUUCAGCAGCUUAUUCAGACAGAACAUUGUGGGAGGCAAGAGAAAAGGACCCUCAAAAUUUAGCCUUGUUGGCCAACAACAUGGACAGGAUAUACGAGAGGAAUCUUCCAGUUAGCUCCCUGACUGUGUCACAGUUUGUAGACAACAUAUCAUGCCGAGAGGAGGUGGAUCAAGCAGAGUACUACCUUUACAAGUUCCGUCACAGUCCAAAUUGUUGGUACCUUCGAGACUGGACAGUUCACAGUUGGAUCAGGCAGUGUCUGAAAUACGGCGCUAGGGACAAGGCCCUGCACACGCUUCAAAACAAGGUCCAGUAUGGAAUCUUCCCAGACAACUUCACCUUCAACUUGCUCAUUGAUUCCUACCUGAAGGAUGAGGACUUCAAAAGCGCAUGCUCCGUGGUUGAGGAGGUGAUGCUCCAGGAGGCCUUUGACCUUCCUUCCACUCAGAUCCUGUCUCUGUAUGCUCUGGCCAGUUACCUAGCAACCAGACCUCAACUCACAGUGUCGCAGGAGCGAGCGCUGGGAGCGUCUCUGCUCAUCUGCGGCCUGAAGCAAGAGAGCAGUGUGGGCCUCACAGCUCAGCUCCUGGGAAACGCUCUGCUCGGCAAGGUAGAGAUGCAGAAGGGCAUCCAUGCUGUGUUCAAAGUCAUGCCCCUCUUCUGGGAACGAGGAUAUCUGAGUCGAGCGCUGGCUGUCGUGGAAAGCGCCGCCGGCGCGCCCGCUGACGUCAAACUGUCCAAAGACUCGUUGGCUUUUCUAGACGAUGUGCUGCACGGACUGUCCUCCACCUCGUCUGACUCAUCCGAUUCGUCUGAUUCGUCUGGAGAUGAGUCGGCAGGGGAGGAAGAACGAAAAGAAGAAAUUGAUGAAGAGGACCAGGCGGAGAGGGAAAAGCUUCCUGAAUAUGAGAACAAAUUCAAGGCAAUGGUCAGCCAGCUGGAGGCUCAGGAAAAAGUCGACGCGUCUGACUUCCAAACGUUGGCGACCAGUCUGGCCAAGCAGCAACUGCCCUCCAUGGAGAGACCGGACCUGGACCAGUACGAGAGUCUGCUGGGGGCCUGGGAGGCCGAGAGGAAGCAGCUUAUCCAGAGGGAGCGGGAGGCGAGGAGGAAGGCCGAAGAGGAGAAGCGCGAGCGACUCGCUGCCAAGGCGGCGCUCCAGCAGCAAGCCUAAAGGUUGUUAACUGGAACUAUCACUUAUUGUGUGUUAAUAUUGUGCAUAUUUUUUAAAUAUGUCAUUUUGGGUUAUAAUUGAAAGAAAAUCAAAUGACUGGCUUCAAUUAUGCAAGACUCGUGGGCAAAGCAUAUUGUUGGGAUCACAUCCUCCUAUUCCUUUUGCUGUGCGUACGUGCGUUUGUGCGUUCUGGGGAGUUUUCUCACAGUCGUAAAGAAAGGGUUAUUGCGCUGAAGAAUUUGCUGAUAACUAAUCUGGAGAAAGGGGAUUCUGUGCUGGCAAAGGAAUUCACUUAUGACUGUUAAACACAAUAAAUGCAUUAUAUGGUUCUGAUGUGCGCACGGGGUUUGCUAGAAAAGCCGAUGCUACCCGUAUCAAACAUAACGCGCUUGACUUCAUGUGUAAAACGGUUUAGAUGUGGACAGAUAAUAAAUCCCCAUAGGGGAGAACAAAA